AUGUCUACUUCACUUUGCGGGGUUCAAUACCCGUUGAAAGCUAAAUUUGGCGAUAUCUAUCAGUUUUGGCUUGGUUCUACACGUAUCAUAGUCGUCAGUGGACUCGAAGAUGUGCAACAUAUCUUUGCUCAUCGACAUGUAUACGAUCAAGGAGAUAUUUUUGCAGAAAAAUUUGGUUUAGUCAAUCCAAAUGGAAUUAUUGCUUUAAAAGGAGCUAAAUACAAACGGCACGCAAGUAUUGUCGGUCCAUUAUUUCGUGGCAACAAAAUUAACAUACAUUUAGACACAGCUAUUGAUUGUACGGACAAAUUAUUAGAUCGAUGGCGUACCUAUAACAAUGACCCAACACAAGUUCACUUGAAUAUGAUUGAACAAUGUCAACAACUUUUACUUGCCAUUUUUGGUUAUAUUGCAUUUGACUAUGAUCUAGAAACACUCGACGAUGAAAAUCACAGUAGUGAGAAUGAACUCUGUCGUGCAUUGCAUACAUUUCAUAAUACAGCAGUGGAUCUUAUGCAAUUACCAACAGUCAUUGGUCGUAUUUACUUAUUAUUGAAUCAAAAAUAUCGUCGAUCGCAAGCAAUUAUUAAUCAGUAUUUACAAAGAAUGAUCGAUCAAGAAUUAGUCGAAAAUCCAACAACGAGAAGUGAACGUAAACGAACAUGUUUGAUUGCUUCAUUGGUCACUUCAUUGCAACAGGACGAAAUGCUCGAAGCCACAAAAUCUGAAGAAGAUAGGAAAGGUCUUUCCAGAACUGAGGUAAUGAAUGAAAUGUGUUCAUUUCUUGCAGCAGGCUAUUCAACGACAUCGACAGCUCUUGCCUGGUUCAUCCAUCUCAUGAGUAAAUAUCCUUUAGUACAAAGUAAACUUAAAACAGAAUUAGCUGAAUAUCAUCAUCAACGUCUCUCGAUCGAACAACUCAACUCACUCGGCUACUUGGAUUGUGUUCUUCGUGAGGUGCUUCGUUUUGCACCACCUGUAAUUGGUACUCUACGAACACUUCAAGUCGAUGAUCGAUUACCAUCGAGUGACUUUUUAUUGAACAAAGGCGACCAUGUGCUUAUUUCAUUAUAUAACAUAGCUCGAGAUGUACGCUAUUGGUCGGGACCAAUCGAUCCUGAUCAAUUCUAUCCUGAACGAUUUCAAAAUGAAGAUAAUACAAUUCGCAAUAAAGCAGCAUGGAUAGUAUUCGGAGGUGGUCAUCGUCAAUGUAUGGGUCAAGACUUAGCUCGACUCGAACUUAAAGCUAUUUGUGCACGACUCAUGCAACAUGUGACAUUUGGUGAUGGUGGACCAGAUGUUAAUGCGGGCGGAUACAAACAUGGGGAUACACUCUUACCAAAACGCAUAGGUGUCACAAUAACAUUUGACUGA